AUGCAGAACAUGCUUUGGAUACUACUUUUCAUCAUUACUUGUGCAUUUUCACUACUUGAUCAAUCGCAGUCUUGUAUUAGUAAUGCCAAUAUUCCCUUUACAGGUUACAAGGUUGAAUACCAGUUAAAUGUAAAACUUUGGAAAGGGACAUAUCAUUUAUUGUAUUGUAAUGAUAACAAAUUGAUUUGCGAUUUGAAUUUGAAUGAGACUAUUCCCUGGACCAAGCCGUUAGAGUUUAAUAAGCUUGCAGUCGAUGAUGGUGAGUUUAUACUUGCUCGAAGGAAGACAUUUGCAUUGAGAAGUUUUCCAAUUUUCCUCCCAAACACAUUAGUUGGCUCACUAUAUUACGGGGACUCCCUCACCAAGCUCCGAGCUUAUAACUAUACUAAAUCACAAUGGAAGUCAGUUCCCUUGAUUGCCGCAAAUGUUUUCCAGAAUUGGUGUGAAGUGAGUUAUAAAAUGGAUAUAAUUUAUCAUGUACCGGUUUUGACUACUCCAAGUAUAGAUUCAAAGUAUUACAAUUUCGGUUUCUUUGACUCGUCACAGAAGCAAAAUGAUUGGGAUAAAUACAUACUAAUGCUGGAAAAGUAUGAUUAUGAGCAUGAUCCUCGAGUAAUUCUAAGAAAAGGUGUGGACUCCAUUUUGAACCAGGUUGAUAUGUUAGCUCAGGGUCGCAAAUUGUUGACAUUGAAGAUUCGACGAACCAAAGCUACAAAGACUGCUACCAAAAUCUGGUGGAGCUUAAUCAUGUUAUCUAGGGCCAUCAGCGAAGAUAUAUUCAACAAUUUUGUUUCCAAAAUUGAUCACUUCCUACAGUGA